ACUGGUUGUCUUCUUGGGCAGUGUUGCAGGGUUCAUCUUUACUUUUUACGAAAACUCAAGGAAGUAGUACAAGCUGGUUUGGGAGUAAUCAGUCCAAACCAGAAUUCACAGUGGACCUGAAGGGGGCAGCAAUUGAAAUGGCAUCAAAAGACAAAUCAAGCAAGAAGAACGUAUUUGAGCUGAAAACCCGCCAAGGAACAGAACUGCUAAUUCAGUCUGAUAAUGAUGCUGUUAUUAAUGAUUGGUUUAAAGUUCUUAGUAGUACUAUCAGUAACCAGGUAGCAGAGGCUGAUGAAGCAGCUGAAGAGGAGACACCAGAUUCACCAGGGGUAGAAAAGCAGGAUAAAGAAAAAGACCAGAAGGAGCUUAAAAAACUUCGCUCAAUGAAAGGAUCCAGCAUGGAUUCUUCAGAGCAGAAGAAAACUAAGAAAAACUUAAAGAAGUUUCUUACCCGGCGCCCCACUUUGCAAGCUGUUCGUGAGAAAGGUUAUAUCAAAGAUCAGGUAUUUGGAUCUAAUCUUGCUAAUCUGUGUCAGAGGGAGAAUGGGACAGUGCCAAAGUUUGUGAAGUUAUGCAUUGAGCACGUCGAAGAGCAUGGUUUAGAUGUUGAUGGCAUCUACAGAGUGAGUGGCAACCUUGCGGUGAUCCAGAAGCUGAGGUUUGCAGUCAAUCAUGAUGAGAAGUUGGACUUGAACGACAGUAAAUGGGAAGACAUUCAUGUCAUCACGGGAGCACUCAAAAUGUUCUUCCGAGAAUUACCAGAGCCUCUCUUUACGUUUAAUCAUUUCAAUGAUUUUGUUAAUGCAAUUAAACAAGAACCAAGACAGCGUGUCACUGCAGUUAAGGACCUAAUCAGACAGUUGCCAAAGCCAAAUCAAGAUACAAUGCAGAUUCUGUUUAGACACCUCAAAAGGGUCAUAGAAAAUGGAGAAAAAAAUCGAAUGACCUAUCAGAGCAUAGCGAUUGUUUUUGGCCCUACCCUUCUAAAGCCAGAAAGAGAGACUGGUAAUAUAGCGGUUCACACUGUGUACCAAAACCAGAUCGUAGAGCUGAUUCUCCUGGAAUUAAGCACUGUCUUUGGACGUUGACCCUCCUGAAAGACAGCCUGUGGAACAGAUGCUGGAGUCCAAGGUUUCAAGUCUUAGACAUGGUGUGUGUUUCCUUUUGGACCAAGCAGUGACUCUGAUUUUGCACUUUUUUGAGGGUCAGAGAGGAAGAGGAGAGUGAAGGCACCAGCUGGGCCCUCUUUUGCUGCUUUGUUGCAAACAAACAGCAAGCUAUGACUGUGUAAAUUUGGAUUCAUUUUAUCCUGGAUGCUUGCAUUUCAUCCUCUGAAUAUUAGUAAACAUCAAAACUCAGAAUUCUGACCAGUCAUAUACACUGGAUAAUUUGGUGAGGACAGCCAUGUGGGUCCCCUGUGGUAUUGUCCUUGCUGUCUUUAAACUGGAUAAUGUAGAUUCCUUUUCAUGGUCCGUAAGCUCUUUACUUGGUACAAUGAUACUUGCUGUCAGUUAUUUUAAAAAUGCUCUUGGGCAUUUAAGACAAAUGAAGUUGAUCCAUUUGAAACCUGUGUACUACGUUUUUCAGGGUGUUUGCAUGAGUGGUCGAAGCUCAUAACCCAGAUAGAAUCCCUGGGUGAAGGUUUGCUGUCUAAUUUUACUGUCUCAUGGCAUUCUUGCUAGAUACCGCAGUUGUCUGUUGGAGCAGCGCUGGCAGGACUUAAACACUGUGAUAUACUGGAGUUCUGGUUAGUCUAAGUCAAAUCAGGGUAUUUGGUUCCUGUCUCGCUGUACUGAAUUAUAGCUAACAAUCCUUAUCAUAUUUAGUGCCAUAUUGAGUUUUUGGUAUGACCCUGUGGAAACAGACAUUGUUUGAUGUAAGGAUGGGCUAAGGACCUAAUAUAAUUUACCUGUGUAUAUAACUGUGUUGUAUAGGCUCAGAGUACAUCUAACAACGUUUUUAAUCAUGACAUUGGUGACUGUUUCCAUGAAUAUUAGAAUGAGGCCAUUAUUUGGGAAAGUUAAACUGUGCACUUUUAGGUUUUAGUUACAUUUACAGGCAGACCACUGCAGUGAGAAUGGUACUGGGAAGUACUGAAUAGACUUGCUGAAUAGUAACACACUACAGGAGCAACUCUAGGUUAUUUAAUAUGUACAGAAGACAGUAGGAAAAUCAUUACAGAAUUCUAACUCCAGCUCGAAUAGUGGAAACCUGUAAAUCGGAUGUUGGAUAGAAAAUGAAACUGCGAAAUUUGAGUAUUUUCUUUUACAUUACUAAUGUAGAUUGAUUUGUAUAAUAAAACAGGGUUUGGAAGGUUUUGUUACAGGGAGGCAUGGUCUGUUGAAGAUUUUUAAAUGUAUUUUUCUAGAUUAACUGCUGUAUAUGAAAUGUCUAAUCUAAUAAAGGAAACUACAAUAUGCUUAGAGGUUUUUCCAUUGGAAAUGUGCAUUUUGGUUCUUAAUUUUGUUGUUGUUUUGUUUUUAUUUACUGGCAUACUUUUAUACCUCAUUUUAGAAAAUCAACCAAAUCCAUAUUUCCUGUGGCAGAUUGACUUUUCUCACUUCAUAUGUUUUUUGUUCUUCUGUACCAACAUUUUCCUGACACCACACAGUUCCUCAUCAUCAGUGUUUGAAAGGAAAUGAUUUCUGACCAUGAUUCUUUUUCCUAGGAUUGCAUUUAUAAUUUCCAGAUUGCCUUCCCGGGGAACAGUCUAUUUGUGUGUGUGUGUGUGUGUGUGUGUGUGUGUGUGUGUGUGUGUGUAUGAUCUGUCCAAAACCUUUCUCCUAAGUCUUGUGGCUAAGAUAUUGUGUGUUGUUGUAAUCUUCUUAAAUAGGUAACAGAUAAGCUGCUUGACAGCUCACACAGAUUGCUUUGGGUGGGGAGAAAUUCUAAACCAGAAUGUAUAGACCUGAAGAUGCCAUUAAUAAUGCAGUGUGCUUUAGGGGUCUUGUGUCUUGACUAUGUACCAGGAAAUCAAGUAGACUCAAAUCUGUGAUCUGUGGUGUUCUUUCUCUUGGUGAUCAUGAACAUGUCAAAGGUUUAAACUUGUCCUGUGUUUCUUGUUUCAAAGUACAUGUGUGUAUGCAAAGUCUUUAAUGUUGUAUUGGUCUACCACUAAUAAUUGUAAUAGUGUAUGUACAAUGAGCUGUCUUGUGUUUUCAUCCUUUGUGAAUUAAAAAUUAUUGUUUUUGUAAUAACAAAACCAGUAAUAUUUUCCUUUCUUGACAACUUGAUUUUUUUAGCAGAAAAUCUAUUAAAAG